AUGACCCACCUGCCCAGUCAGUGUCACUGUCCAGAGCCAAUGAGCGUCCAUGAGCUCCAAGUUAGGAUGGUGACUAUCAGGGGCAAGGGAGAAAGAGGAAAUCAAGGUCUUCCUGGAGUAAAGGGAUCAAUAGGUAUUGGCCUCCCUGGACCAAAGGUAAAUCCUAUAUUUAUGGGAGACUACGGAGAUAAAGGUGAUCCAGGGAGCAAAGGUGCCAAAGGAGAGGUUGGAGACUCAGGACAUCCAGGACCAAAGGGAAUUUGGGGAGGAAAACGUGAACCUGGUCUUUCACUAAGUUGUGGUAUCAAAUGUACAGUAACACCAGUGGAAGUGGUAUUUGUCAUUGACAGUUCAGAAAGUGUUAGACCAGAUAACUUCAAUAUUAUCAAAACUUUUAUGAAAACAGUCAUUCAUAAAUUGGGAGAAAGCACAUACACAGCUUCUGCUAUCCAGGAAGCCACUCAGUUAUUCCAGGCAGCACACCCAGCAGUAAGAAAAGUGGCUGUUGUAAUAACAGCUGGACAAGCUGAUAGUUGUGAUAAACUACAGCUGGAUACUGCAGGAAGAAAGGUCCAUGCUAUGAAUAUUGAGAUGUUUGUCAUUGGGAUUGUUCAAAGGACUGAUCCUCAUUAUGAUGCUUUUCUGAAAGAAAUGCAGCUCAUGGCAACAGACCCUGAUGAAGAACAUGUUUACCAGAUAGAUGACUUCAUUACUCUUUCAGGUGAAAGAAACUACUUUAGUAAGAGGAAACUUGAAAUAAGCAUGUAA